AUGCCGGCCACUGUUGUACUCGCCAGCCAGUCGCCCAAUCGACUCAAACUCAUGCAGCAGAUGGGUAUCAAGAACCUUAUCGUCAGAGUGUCGGAUUUCGAGGAGAACCUCCCGAGAAGCCUUCCCGUUAGGGACUUCGUUGAGCAAACUGCUGUUGCUAAACUGCAAACAGUUUAUGCAGAAAUGCAGCGGAACCAGGAACACUUUGACGUCAUAAUAGCUUGUGACACGGUAAUUUACUUCGAUGGGGAAAUUGUUGGUAAGCCGGUCGAUGCAGAAGACGCCUUUGUAACAUUGAAAAGGCUUCGUGGGCGAGAACAUGCUGUGUAUUCCGGCGUUGCUAUGGCGUAUGCUGACGGUGAUGAAGAGGUUUUCAGUGAGAAGACACGCGUGGAAUUUGGAGCGUACCCAGACCGAAUAAUCAAACAGUACGUUGAGAGCGGCGAACCUCUGAGAUGUGCGGGCUCGUACGCUAUCCAGGGAUACGGGGCGGUGUUCGUACAGGCGGUUCACGGAUGCUUCAACAAUGUGAUUGGCUUGCCGAUUUACAGAAUUCACAAUGCCUUGAUGGCAAAGGGAAUAUUAUAG